CAAUCGCUGGGCAUGGAAUUCAUCAUCCUAAAUUCAUCAACUAUGCUAUGUUAGACAUCUCCCGGCUCUUCAAGCUUGGGCUACGGUCCCGGUGACAUGGCUAAAAGCACCAAGAAGGUCGGAAUCAUCAGGAAAUACGGGACCUGCUAUGGUGCCCCCCUCCAGAAAACGGUGCAGAAAAUUGAAAUCAGCCAGCACGCCAAGUACACUUGCUCCUUCUGUGGCAAGACCAAGAUGAAAAGACGAGCCGUUGGCAUCUGGCACUGUGGUUCCUGCAGGAAAGCAGAGGCCGGGACCUACAACACCCCCUCUCCAGUCACAGUGAAGUCUGCCGUCAGAUGACUGAAGGAAGACAGACCAGUAGAAGCCUACGUUUGAGACUUGCUUGGCCUGCAAUAAACGGGUUAAUUUAUGAGGAAAAAAAAAACCCUUCCAGUGGCAGAUCCUAGUGGAUUCCACCACCAGUG